CCCAUUUGCCUGUCGUCGCUCUCAAUAGAAGAAAGGAAGUUCAACGAGCGUGUGGGCAUCUGAAGCGACCACAUCGGUGGCAACGAAGCAGCAGCCCGACGGUCGAGUAGCAGAGGCGUUGGGUCUGCUAGGUCAAGUCCUUUCAGGUUAGUUGCUCUUCUUCGGGUUACAAUCAGGAUAUCUAGGGUUCUGUUCUUGGGUUUUUGCGUGCUGUCGGCUUCUUCUCCCAUCUGUUUGUACUGUUGCUUGUGGGUUACCUGCGUAGAACAUCAUUCCUCGUCAGAGCCAGGUUGGGACGGAGCCAUGUUUGUACUGUUGGUUUGUGGCUUCUUCUCCCAUCAGUUCUAUUUGGCCAGAUGGGCAAACAAAGCAUGCUCUGUGCCUCUGCUAUUUGUGCUCGGUUGCUGUCUUGAUGACCAUACCCUUUGUCUUCUUUGAAUUAAUUUGUUGUUGUUUGAUUCCAUUUAUCAUUCCAAUGCCGCCAUUAUAUCUUCCUUCUUUGUGCUUUUGUGUUGUGCUUACUUUAUUGUUUGUUAGUUUGCUUGAUUGUAUGUGUGCUACUGCAUAUGGCGGGCAAGCCCCAAAGCUUAGUUGUUGUUAGUAUGUUGUUGUUCUUGGCCACGAUGUUUGCAGUAUAGUAGUUGCUAUGUUUUUAAUUCAAUUUCAAUUUUUGAUAAAGGAUGUCCCGGCUUUCCACGACGUCUGCCACGGAAAGGCGCAAAGUGAUUGUUGCUAUUAGUGCAUUUUGGAACCUUGUAAUGAUUUAUGUCAAUUUCAGAAUGGAGGUGAUGGAACUUACAGAGAUGCUAAUUCGUAAUCCCAGAAUUGGCAGGCAGCCCUUAGAUAGUUACAUGAUGCGUCAGUACGAUAGGCAAAGGGUGAUUGACAAAUGUACCAAAUUCAGUGAUGCCGAGAAUCACAGGAAGAUUAGGAUGAAACGUAGUUUAUUCAAGAAGCUAUGUGACCUUUUAGUUUCGGAUGGUGGGCUGAAAAGGACCCGAAACGCUGAAGUAGAUGAAAUGGUUCUCAUCUUUCUACUGGCUAUAUCACAUAACAACAAAAUGCUUAGUUUAGCAGUGGAUUUUCGCCGCUCUUCUGAGACGAUUGAUAGGUUGUUUCACCGAGUCUUACAGGCAAUUCUAAGACUCAACAACCAGCUUAUGAAGAAACCCGAACCCAUUCCCGCCGAUUCAACCGAUAACAGAUGGAAAUACUUCAAGAAACACCCUAACUGUGAAGGUCUGAACAAGAAACCAUUCAUGGUUUAUGAUGCUCUGACACCGGUCUUCUGCAAAGGUCGUGCAAGUGGGGAUCAUGGGGUUGACACCAAUGAUCCGAUCUGCUUAGAUGAAACAUCAGGAGAAGACGAGGAAAUACCAAAUAUUGCUGACAUAGAUGCAAAUGAGAGGAUUUUUGAGGAAAUCAAUGCGGAGUUAGCUUAUGAAAAAAGACAGCCUGCAAGCAUGUCACCGAAGAAGAAAAGGAAAAAAGGAAUGACUGUUGAAGAACGCCUCACCGAUGCGACAGGAGAAAUGAGAGAUCUUCGCCCUUUGAUUAAACAAUCUAUGGAUACACUUGCAAGAGCACUUGGAGAGAGUGAUGAUCACAUCAGCAUGCGAGAUAAUCUCUUUGAGAGCUUGGAGCAGCUUGGGAGGCUGGACCGAGAGGGGAUCAUUGCAGCAGUGAUAGUCCUAUCAAUGAAUGAUCGACACUUGAUGAUGUUCUACAAGAUACAAAACGUUUUGGACAAGCUGAUGUUCGUGAAAAGGUUAAUUGGUUGAAUGUAGGGAGAAGAGUUAGUAAUCCCAACUUGUAUGCAAGCUUUUUUGGGGAUUAUUAGUCCUUGGUCUUUGUGAUAUAAACUCGAACAUGGUGU